AUGUCGCUGCACUCGUCGUGGCUGCUGCGGCUCUUUGAAUCCGAAUUCUUCGACUCUCGCCUCGCAAUUCAGUACCUGCAUCGAUACCCCGACUCGGUCGGCAUUCAGCACUACAUCUGCAAUCGGCUCAACGAGUUUCCCCAAGAUGAAAUCGAGUUUCUCCUCCCGCAGCUGUGCCAUCUCUUGCUCACUAAAUCGUCGGCCUCGGUUGCCCUCGAAGAUUUCUUGAUGAGUCAGUGCGAGCGAUCGCACCAUAUGGCGAUCCUGUCCUGGGUGCUUCGGUGGCUAUUCGGGUGCAGACCUGUCCCAAGGCCCAGCUUUGUCCGUUCGAUUCUCAUCGUGCACUCGUGCUCGAUGCUCGGCCCUGCACAACAGACACUCUGGUAUCUCAAAGCUGCCAUCAACGACGUCCGAGUCAAUCCGCAAAGCCGCACGUUCCGUGUCGGCAGUCGGAUAUACCACCGGUGUCAGAGUAUCGUCUUUGCCGACUUGAAGCCCAACGAGCCCUCCCGAGUGCCCGAGUACCCGACUUUCCACAUCCAGCCCAACGCCAAGCCCGUGCUCGUCGGCAUGGGCAUGAUCCUGGCUGGCGUUGCAUCGCCUGCCCUGACGCAGUCCACGCAUUCCAUGAUCCUCAGCCAGGCGCGAAAGUUUUGCUCCUGGCUCCCCAGCUUCUGGACGCAAGCAAGCACGGGCGAGGAAGAGGGCCGACUAUCCCUGGGAGCACGCACCAGCACCGCUGUAUCUGCAUCCUCGGCUGAACCGCGCGGCGAGAGUGCGGUCGUUGCGAGCAUCAAGGCCCAGUCCCGGUUUCCCGUCACGUCGCCCUCGCUCGAGGAUCUGCACCAGGGCUCCGCCUUCUCCUUUGACCGCUAUGUCGAAAAGACAUCUCAAGCCCUUGGCAUGCAAACACCGCGCACUAACUCGUCGGCGGCAUCGCUGCACGAGCACUCGCCGCAGCUUCGCCCCGAAGUCGGCGCCCAGCACCUUACCGAGAGUCUUGUUCACAGCCACUACUUCCACUCGCAGCUGCAGUUUGUCAUGACCCUGGUCGAUAUCGGCGACCGCCUCCGCUCGGUGCCAAAGCCUGCUCGGCAAAACAGCCUCAUUGCCGAGCUCGAGCUGCUGAACCACAACCUCCCGGCCGAAGUCUGCAUUCCAAUGUGGUGUCCGGCAAACAGCACUGUGGGAGAACACCACCGCAUUGUGCGGAUUUCAUCCGAAGACUCGGUUGUCCUGAACUCGGCGGACCGGGUUCCGUAUUUGAUCGUAGUAGAGGUUCUCGAGCAUAUGCCCACGCCGAUCGCCUCCGAGAACAUCAGCCACAUCGAGCUGGCCGAUGCUGUGCACUUUGAGGCAGCGGAUCACCCGAGCGAUAUCGAUUCGGAUGUCGCCGGCGCGGUCAAGGCCGUCUCUGCGCCGGAGCAGCUUGGCAUCGUGACCCCACCGACGACCACCCCACGGACCUCCGACUCGCCUGCGCAAGAGCACGGAGACUCCAACUCUACGUCCGUGCCCGACGUGCCCAACUCCAGCCCAGCGGACCACAGCGGACGCGCGAGCAGUCUGCAGUACCACCAGGAGAUCCAGGACCGUCGCCACAACGCCCUCCAGAACAUCAAGGUGGACGAGUUCUCGGAGCGGAUGAGAACCGCUGCGGUUAUGCUUUCGCAGCUCUACCACCAGCAGCAGCGCGAGGCGGACAGCUCUGCUGCAUCCGCGGGUAAGGGCGAUUCAAACCCCUCGACCCCCAAGCCUGCGCGGCGCGACACACUCUCGCGGCGCAACGCAUCAAAGUCCUCCGCCGACUACGAAAACAUCCGCAAGCGGAUCAUCGUUGAGAUGACUGCCCUGGAGGAGCGCCGCAUGAGUGCUCUCCAGCAACAGACUGCCAGCCGAGCGGCUGGCAAGGACAGCGGCACACAAGUUGCCGAGGUCGAGGACGGGUAUCUGGUGGAUGGCCAGACCAAGGAGAUUGUGUACGAUGUCAUCAGGAAGGACAAGGAAGACCCAAGCGCGGCGGUCUUCCGGGAGACCUGGGAGGCCAAGGAGGCUCGUAUCCGCGCCUCGUCGCCAUACGGCAAGUACCCCGACUGGACCCUCCUCUCGGUCAUUGUCAAGUCAGGCGCAGAUCUUCGCCAGGAGCAGCUUGCUCUUCAGCUGAUUCGAGAGUGCCAGAUGAUCUGGGACGAAGCCAAAUGCCCCGCCUGGGUCCACAACUUCCGAAUCCUUGUUACAUCGGACCAGUCUGGACUUGUCGAGACCAUCCGCAACUCGAUUUCGAUCCACUCCAUCAAGAAGGAGGGCUACUCGCGCAAGCAGCAUGAGGAAGGAGCGCAGUUCACUCUCUACGACUACUUUAUCCAGGAAUUUGGCCACCCUGACUCGGAGUCGUUCCGGCAGGCCCAGGAUUGCUUCAUGCGCAGUUUGGCGGGCUAUUCCGUCAUUUGCCACCUUUUCCAGAUCAAGGAUAGACACAAUGGCAACAUUCUGCUCGACAACCAGGGCCACUGCAUCCACAUUGACUUUGGCUUCAUGCUGACCAACUCGCCCGGCUCGGUCGGCUUCGAGCUGGCGCCGUUCAAGCUCCCCCAGGAAUACAUUGACAUCCUCGGCGGGCUUGGUAGCGAUAAGUUCAAGGAGUUCCGGAGUUUGCUGAAGCAGGCCUUCCUGGCACUGCGCAAGAAAUACGAGCAGAUCGUCGUCCUUGUCGAGAUGAUGGAGAAAGUGAUCCUGACACACAUUGUCGAUUUCAUCUUGCCGAUCAACCACAUGGCAGAGUCGACGCUGCCUUGCUUCACCGGAGCCUCGCAAAAGCCCACGACUGUGUACAUCCCGCCCACGGCGUCGUCCAUGCUUCCCUUCUUUUCCAAAGAGGGUGGCGCCGCCGGUGGCCACGAUGCCGUUGCCCAUGCGGCUCAAGGCCUCGCGGGACAGCAGCAUCCGGCCCCACUCAGCGCGACCAGCAGCUCGAGCUCGAUCUCUGCGCAACAGACGACCGCGCAUCAACGCGACCAGUAUCCUGUCAGUGCCGCUCUCCAGGAGCGUUUCCAGUUGAUCCUGACCGACAAGCAGGUGUCCGAGCUGGUCGAUCGACUGGUUGACAGCAGCUGCAACAACGUGUUCACACGACUCUAUGAUGCGUUCCAGCGAUACUGUAUUGGAGCGAUGUCGUAG